CAAAUGUUUAGCCUUUGCUUGUUGCUUUGCGAGCGAUUUAUUUAAUUAAUAAUUAUGUAAAACUACACUAUGCCACGUCUUGUCAGCUACGUAAGCUAAAUUAAUCCAAAUCUUUGUAAUCUGUUGAACAUGAAUUCAGUCAAGAAAAAUAAUAAUGCCAAAAAAAGUACAAAAACAAAAAAAAUUAAACCAUUCAAGUGUGACCUGUGCCCAAAGAGAUGCAGUAACAAAUGGGACUUAGUUCACCAUCGCUACUCGCACUCGGAUGAGACUCCGUACAAAUGCCCCCAUUGUGACUAUGCUGGCAAGUCGAAGAAGUACCUCGGCCGCCAUAUCAGGAACAGGCAUGUACGGAAUAAAACUGUCGAGUGUGGGGUAUGCGGUAUGACCUUCUUAUAUGAGUCGCAGCUCAAGAAGCAUAUGUAUGUGCACACUGGUGAAAAACCGUACAAAUGUGAGACAUGUGAGAAAGCAUUUAAUAGCGCUUACUCACUCAGAACACACAAGCUGAUACAUGCAAAUUUAAAGCCCUUCAAAUGCACGUACUGCCCGUACGCGUGCCGCGACUCAUCGACGCUGCGCAAGCACAAGGACGGCCAUUUGGGGAAAGUCCACCACUACAAUUGCAGCAUUUGUAAUGCCAGCUACGGAAAGAGAGCCGCACUGAAAGUCCACAUAGCCGAGCAACAUUUCAACAUCGACAUGAAAAUCAUGGAGUGUGACGCGUGCGGACAAAAAUUCAAACAUAGGAGGGGUCUAGUUAUCCAUAUCCAAACUAUCCACGAAAAAACCAGGUCGGCCAAAUGCGACUUGUGCGGCGUAGUGCUCAGCAACAGGGCUAACAUGCGCGCGCACCUCCGCGCCCACGAGGACCGGCGCCCGUACAGGUGCGCCUUCAAGGGCUGCGGGAAGCGGUUCAAGGACGCGAGCGGUCGCACCAAACACGAAAUAAAGCACUACCCCGAACGCCAGUUCCCGUGCAAGAUUUGCGACAGACUCUUCACGCGGGAGCAUCGCAUGCAGAAACAUCUGACCACGCACAUGGCUAAGGUUAAGAAGGUCGAGUGCAAUUACUGUGGAGUCCGUUUCUACAACAAAAACUACCUAACCACCCACAUAGAAAGAAUGCACGGCAGAAAGAAACAAAAGUACGUUUGCGACCUGUGUGGGUUGGUGACUACCAACAAACCGAGUAUAGUCAUGCAUCUCAAGUAUGGACAUGAUCCGGACAAGCUUAAGGAGAUAGUAUGCGACAUUUGUGAUCAGACAUUCAAGAGCGAUUUCAACCUGAAAUUACAUUAUUGGAGACGGCAUAAAGUGGACUACAUUAUCCCGCGAAAAUAUCCGCGUAAAAAGAAGUUGAAGAAAACUAUCGAAGUGGAGGUUAAAGAGGAACCAAUAGACGAUAACUACGAGGUUGAAACCUAUUUCACCGUCACCACCAAACUAGAGCCCGUGGAUGAAGAAGAAGAAAAGCUAACCGAACCGGUUCCUGAACUAACCGAACCUGUUCCUGAACUAACGGAACCGGUUCCUGAACUAACCGAACCUGUUCCUGAACUAACCGAACCGGUUCCUGAACUAACCGAACCGGUUCCUGAACCGGAAACUCGGGUCCAACUAGAGAAUAACCUAGCCAGCGAUGUGUUCGAAGAAUUCAUCACCCCCAUAAUGAAGAACCGCGAAGACAGGAAACCCGUAUAUACUCGACAAGCUUUCGUCGACAAAAGAUCGGAGAUGCGAAUAAGAAAGAAAAUCGAUCGACUAAUGAAGCAAAGAAUCAAAAAUGAAAUAGAGAGAGCUAAACAACUACGUAAGAAGCGUGAGGAAAGAGCGAGAAAGCUGGCCAGCAGGAAACUGGAGAGAACGAGACGGAAAUACAACAGGCUGAUACAGAACGCCAUCAAAAACUCUAUGAAGAAAGAUAAAGUAAAAAUAAAACACGGCGCUAUAUCUGCACAAGAACAGCAGCCAGAUUCUCUCUUAGAAGCAAACUUUUUCAUAAAGCAAACCAUAGAUAACAGAGAUCGUGUUGUCGAUGAACCACUCGAUAUAGAAAAGCGGCGAAAAGAUAUAUACGAAAUUAUGAGACGGAAUAAUUCUCUGGUACAUGAAAAUAACGGAAUAAAUGAUGAAGAAGAAAUGGUUAAUAUGGAAGGAAAUGAAAUAAACCAUAACGAAGAUGUAGAUAUUGAUGAGCAGAGUAUAAAUAAUAAUGAUACUGGAACAGAUGCGGUAGAAAAAGAUAUUACGAGAAAAUCUGGCAGAAAUAGGAAAUUGAAUCCCAAGUAUUUUGAUGAUGAAUCAUGCGAAGACAAACGAGAAAAGAUAGAUAUUAAAAAAGUGGAAAAUAAAAAUAGGAAGUUAAAAUUCAAUACUCAUCAGUGCUACGUUUGUUUUAAGUUGUACGAAACCAAAGAAGAACUUUUGGACCAUUGCAAAGAGCACUUCAAUCUUUGCGAGAUGCAGACCAUAAAGAAAUGUCCACUCUGCGACUACUCAACCAAUCUCAACAUCACCAGGCACUUGAAACUCAAACACAACGUCAAAAUAGACGUCCGGUACGGCACCUUCAAAGAACAGGAGAACGGAAACAAAUACUACUACGAAGUCAACGAUGACAGAAUUAAACAACUAGAAAUAAUACCCAGUUUAAAGAGACUUAAUAGAAGAGAAUACUGCAAAAUUGAUAAAAGAAAUAGAGAAAAGAAGAACAAGGAAGUAUUGAAGAGCAAACUUGUUAAGAAAGGUAAGGAAUGGAUAGUUAUGAAGGAGAAAAUAAAGAUUAAUUAUAAAGACUGUCUGUUACCUAACAUUGAUAAAGUUGAAAGUAUAAAUGUUAAAGGUAGUUAUGUUGAUAGAUUGAAAGAACUAUAUAAAGUAGCGAAGAAAAAUGGUAAAACAAUGGUGUUCCCUUGCGACUCUUGUGACAAAAUUUGUCAAACACUAGCCGCAUUGAAACUACAUAGUAGGAAACAUGAAGCACAUCCAAAACCUUUUAAGAAAAAAGUUUGGAAACAUAAACUUGAAGGAAAAAAUGUUAAAAAAGUAAAUAGAGUAGCAAAUAUUGAUAACCGUAUGGCGCAACCACAACCGGUAGCAAACAAACAUAGAUGUGACAAAGAACUUAUAGAAUUCUACGAGCAAAAUAUAAAAGGUAGCGAUGUGGAAUUCUGGCAGUUCCUAAAAAUAUAUAACAAAAUGGAACGUGAAAAUGUUAAUGAUUUUGAAGAUUUGCAAAAAACCACACAGUUCGGAUUGCAUUUUAAUGAACCGGUUGAUAAUAGUGAACCCAAAGAUUUGAAUGGUGAUUUAAGAGAAGAAAAUAGUAUUAAUAAUAGGAACCAAACUGUCAAAAAGAAAGUUAAUAAUAAAGUAAAAAAUGCCUUUACGAGAGUAGUAAGAUUAAGCAAACGAGAAGCGAAGCAAAGGGAAGAAGCUAGGAGAAGGUUGAGGGAGAAAAUAAAUUUUAACAGCUAAAUUAGUAGACAAAUUAUUAGGAGAGUUUAAUAUAUCCAGUUAGGUCAUAAAAUUUUUAGGCAUUUGUGUAUUCUUGAAACUUAAAAAAUCAUGGGGGUAUUUUCAGAAAUUGGGACCCCUCAAUUAGCGUAAGUUGUUAACAAAAAUUAACUCACUGUCAGUUUUGUGACGGUAAUUAAGCAUGAAAUUUAAUAUUGUUUUUGUGUUAAUUACACAAACUUUAAGCGAUAAUCUACAUUCAGGAUGUGAAAAAAUAAUUUUUUAGACUGAUUGGUUAAUUGUCUUCACAAAACUGACAGCGAGUGAAUUUUUGUUAACAAAGUUUGCUAACCCAAAAUUAGUGACAGUUAUUAACAGAAAGUUAACUCGCAAUAUUGUUUUUGUGUUAAUUAAAUAAACAAUAAGCGAUAAUCUACAUUUAAAACGUGAAAAAGUUGAUUUUUAGACAGAUUAAACAAUAUUACCUAUAAAGCCUGACCAUCAGAAAUAUAUGACUACUGUCAGGAGGGCGCUAUUCUUCUGAUGUAUGGCGUGACAGUUCAGUUUAGUAUGAUGAAAAUAGUUGUAAUGAAAUUCCGCAAGAUGGUGCGUACUUCUGAUCAGGCUUUACAAUUAGUUGGCUCGUAUGAGUAGCUGUUAUGCAAGCAAGUUAAAUUUAAAUGCAUGUGUGAGCAUUUCUUUUUUUUGCCACUUUUAUGAAAUGUGAUAUUUUUGAAAAACAUUAUGCUAUUUCUACUCAGAAUCACUAGCUUGUUCAAUCCUAGUAGUU